GUCCUGCGGGGGAGACAGUCUGCCCAGUGUUUACGGUGGUCAGCUGCUGGCUCCUGACACUCAUCGAUUGUCAAUUUCUGUGAAGUUAGACAAUGAUUGUCCCUGUCAUUUGCUGGUGAUUGCAGGAGUGAGGGAGACACGCCCCCUGCUGCCCAUCAACACAUGACCCAGGGCGAGUUAGUGAGAAGCGCUGUGCCGUGUUUUGCAGCAGCGUAACCUGUCCUGUGGCGGGGCGUUCUCACUGCAAGCCCAGACACACACACGAGUACACACACUUGCAGUCCCUCCAUCUUUGAGUUCGGUGUGUCUCGUCCCUCGACUCCAGCUUCUCUCCGCGCGCCUUGCCUCCCAUUGGUUAAGUGUUCCUGAAGUGUUGUUGCGCGUGUUUUACUGGUGUCUGUUGUGCUCGAGGAAUGCGACUGAUCUCCUGGCUUGAGUUGAGAGUGCAGAUGCGCGUGUGUUUGUGUGCGCCGCGAUCUUACAAUAGCCGUGGGAUCGUCAGGUGCAGUAUAAUUCACGGGCGACACGCGCAUGCAUCGGCCCAGCAUAGCGACAGUCGGCCAGGACGUGAAUGCAGACUCGUGAAAGAAGCAUAAUCUACACCCACUUUCUAUGAUGUCUUGUCCCUCCUGAAGGAACUUUGCGCCAUAAAAGCGGGAAUGAACGUUGCCGAUAGGAAGUGAAUAUGUAUGUUCUGUACAGUCAGUAUCUGCUGCAGAAUGUAAAUUGAAUCCGUAAUAGCAAUUCCCGCAGAGUUACCUAAACCAGCGCCGCUCCGUCCUGUCUCUCCUGAAGAAACACUCCGUCAAACCAGCACAAAUAAACGCUGCUGGCAAGACGUGUGUAUACGAUAGCAAGUGCGUGUAUAGUUGUUGAUGCAUUUAGAAACACAAGCUCGUGGAAUACAGAAGGAAACAUGGACCAUACCUACUCGCUGACUGUUGGCCGUGACGAGGUGAGGGAGUGAGAGCGUCCAGUCACAAGGAGGAGGAGAGGGCGAGGACCAUGGAGGUGAGCAAUGUUAGUGUGUUGGUGGUGAUGGUGGCGGUGCUGCUAAGCCAAGUGCUGGUGCCCUACCUACGGGGGCCCCUCGCCUACCUGCAGCCUGACCUGGUGGUGUGGCUGCAGGACAACGACCUCAACCAUCUAGCGGGCGCAUUCGUGGACGAGGGGGUGUGGCGGCUGGUGGACGUGGUGGAGAUGGGGCCGCUGCGAGGUGUACCGCUGGGGGAGCAGGAGAGGGCCGCCGCCGCCGCGUACGACUUGAAGCAGCGGCUCAUUCUGCAACACUACAUGCAGCACCACGGCGCUGACGCCAGCCUGCCUAGACUGGAGACCCUGGGCGUGAGGAGUCUGAAGGAGGCGGUGUACAUGGCAGAGGCCUUCCCGCUUGAGUUUACAGAGGAGAAAGACCAGCACCUUCACGAUCUACUCCAUUCCCUGCCCAGGGACAAGAAGGAGCUGGAGAUCCUAGGGGAGGAGAUGUGGACACAGGUGGCUGCCAUGCAUAACCUCCCCAGUGCUCGCUUCGGAGUCUUAGCCACGGUGUUAUGUGGUGUGGGGAGUGUGGUGAUCCUCUGCGUGGCGUGGGUGAUGACGCGACGCAACGCCCCGAAGCCGGGUCUGUUCCACCUGUUCACUGGGAAGUACCUCUAUCCGCAACGCUGCACCACCACCUUCCACUGGGAGGACCCGGCCCCUGUUGGCACCACCGUUUCCUUCACGGUGCAGUUCUACCAAAAGAAUGGAAGGCCAUACCCGAUCAGUGAUGCAGACGGGGUGCUGGUGGAGGUGACACAGGGCAUUCAUAAGGUGGGAGUGGUAACAGAACUUGGGGGAACUGGAGAAGCUGAAAUCAACAGUGCUCGCUGCAAGUUCACAGCAAGACAGGCGGGCCAGUACAAAGUGUCCAUUCUGCUGGCCAACCAGCAUGUAAGGGGUAGCCCCUUUGUGAAGCAGUUCCUGCCUGGGCCUCCAGACCCCAGCAAGAUAGUAAUGGUGCAGCACUGCUCCACAGUAGUGUGCACAGCAGGACAGCCUCACCACAUCCUUAUUGAACCCCGAGACCAAUACCACAAUGUGUGCUCCUUCCCGCCAGGGCGUCCUGACACCCACAGCUAUGCCAUCUCUGUGGUGGAGUUGGAAGGUGGCUGGACGGUGGAUCCCGGGGCAGUGAUCCUGUAUGACCACACCUCUCGUCGAGUGAGCAUCCAGGUGACCCUGCAACGCCCUGGCUGUUACCGAGCACACCUUACUUACCGCUCCACCACCCUCACCAAUGGAACCUUUGACAUCAUUGUGCUGACUGCAGAGGACUCCCAACGAGUGCAGCGCACAGUCAGUCGUCGGGCACACGACGGCCAUGAGGCGAGGCUCCUUGCUUAUAAUGGGACCUUGCUGACCAAACCCAAGAAGGUGUACUGCUAUGUGACACCAAAGCAGCUUAUCAUCAAAGAAUUUAUGUUGAAACUGAUCCCUAAGCGAGUAUGCACCUUCAGACUGUGUCCUUCCACCAAGUUCCUCUUCACAGGCACCAACAACCAGAGUGGGCUGCCCACCAUGAGUAUUGAUGAUGGGUGUCAGCCCCUGGUGUGUCUGGCUGGCCGUGACCGCAAUGUUGUUGCUGCCACCUUCACGCAGUUCAUGUUGAAGAACAUUGGUGGCUCAGAGACCUUCAAGGACAAACAGGAUCACUUCUACCAUGAAGUACGAAAAUUCCACAGUAAGCGCAUGCACGACCGCAUCCCAGUCAGUGUGUCACGUGAAAGACUGCUGGAGACUUCCAUGAAAGCCACCAAAGGUUUUACUGUAGCUGAUUGGUGUAAGAACUUUGAAGUGACCUUCCAAGGAGAAGAAGGUCUUGACUGGGGUGGACUGCGACGAGAGUGGUUCGAGUUGAUAUGUGCGCAGUUAUUUGACAGUGAUAACGGCCUCUUUUUCAGCUUGCAUGAGGGACCACAGGCCUUGGUGCAUCCCAACCCAGAUCGCCCACCUCACCUCAAAUUAAAACACUAUGAAUUUGCAGGACGGGUAGUAGGUAAAUGUUUGUAUGAGUCGGCUCUGGGGAGCGGGUACAGGCAGACCGUACGAGCCCGAUUCACUCGCUCCUUCCUGGCGCAGCUCAUUGGUCUCCGGGUGCACUACAAACACUUUGCACAGGAUGACCCUGAGCUGUACACAGGUAAGGUGCAGCACCUACUGGAGCAUGGUGUGGACCGUCUGGAUGACCAGCUCUUCUUCACAGAUGAGGUGUUGUUGCCAACAGGCCAAGUGCGCUCAGUGGAGUUGGAACCGGGGGGAGCAUCACGCUCCGUCACCAACGACAACCGUUUGCAAUACCUGGAUGCCAUUGCACAGCAUCGCCUGGCUGCUCGGGUCAGACAUGAAGUGGAAGCAUUCCUCUCUGGCCUCAAUGAAAUUAUCCCUGACAACUUGCUUUGUAUCUUUGAUGAGAAUGAGCUGGAGUUGCUCAUGUGUGGCACAGAGGAGUACAGCAUUGCAGACUUUAGAGCAAACCACACAGUCAAUGGCUCUUCGUCUGAGUUUGGUCGUGUCCUCUACUGGUUCUGGACGGCUGUAUCCAACUUCACAGAAGAAGAGAUGGCUCGCCUUCUUCAGUUCACAACAGGUUGCUCCCGUCUGCCUCCAGGAGGAUUCUCCCAGCUAUAUCCAAACUUCCAGAUAUCUUCUGCCCACACUUAUGGAGUUCUGCCCACUGCCCAUACCUGCUUCAACCAACUGUGUUUACCGGAUUACGACAGCUAUGAGCAGUUUGAGAGAGCCCUUCUGCUUGCCAUUAAGGAAGGAUCUGAAGGCUUUGGCAUGGUGUAAUCUCCCUUUCACUAUGUAACUGCUAGAAUCUUUUGCUCCUCUCUGACUGACCAUGGAUUGCAGACAGGGCAAAAGAGCAAACCUUCACACUUUCAGAAAUUAUCUUGUUUACUGAGCUGUGGAUGCCAAGUCCUGUGUCAUCAACACUCUUAACUUUAUUCAUCAACUGUGAGCCCUCCAAUUGGCUGCUGCUUCACAUCUGCUGCAGUUUUGUGCAUCUAUGCAUUGCAUAUAUGUGUGUGUGUGUGUGUGUGUGUGUGUGUGUGUGUGUGUGUGUGUGGGGGAAAUAGACAAAGUGUAAACAGAGUUAUAACAAAAGUUUUAAGUGCUGUGAUAGCAGACUUUACUCUCAUUGAGGGCAUAAUAUCGAAGGAUCUGAAAUAAUUACCUCAAAAACAGUGAAUCUCUAGUACUUAAGCCAGUGUGUGGUUGGUCCAGAAGUUAUGCAUUGUAUCUUAUACAAAGAUUUGUUGCAAUAUUUCUUACUUACAUUACAUUUUAUCAUUUUGUAGACAAUGGUUAGAAUAGAAAACACUGCUGCUUUGUGACACUGCUAAGUGAUGAUGAGGAUGGCAUGUGUUCGGCACACAGCAUGCUGACCUCCUCAUGCUACAAGAUUUUUUGUGUCCAAGGUGUAGUUACGUUUGUGCUUGGGAUGACAAGUUAGAAGCUGCAGUUGAGGAGUGUAAGCCUCAAGUAUAAGUCAAUUACAUUUUCACCAUUUCAUUACAGUACAUGUUUUGUAGAUAACUAAUCUCUUAGAUCUAGUUUGCAUCUUUCAGCACAUUGAUCAUUAAUAUUUGGGUAUUACUUAGUGUUUGAACAAAAUAUGGAAAGCAAUUUGAUUUCUCAGAUGAUGGAAUUUGUUGAUUUGAUAGAAAUGCAUUAGAUCUUGCCAGAGUUCAAAGACAUCAAUAUGAGGAGCCUUCUUGACAGAUAACUUGCUUGAUUGUUGUUGUAUACACUCUUACUAUGUAUUAUCCACAUUUAAAUAAUUGAAUUAAAAAGUUAUGUUUCAUCAUUUUUUAGAAGGAAAAACUUCAAAUCAAAUUAGGAAACAUUUUCCAUGGUAGUGUUCUUUUCUUAUGCCAUUACAUAAUACAGUGAUUCAUGAAAUCUGGAAAACAAAACUUCAAAAUUUUGUAAAUAGUAUACUAAUAAUGAAGGAAAUACUACCACAUAUAUGUUAAUAAUUAGCAUUUACACCAGACAAGUCUCAUACAGAUAAAAAAAACAUAUUUCUUUUUAAUUGAUAUUUCCAUAUGCUAGUUCUCAUUUGCACCAACCUUGCUUUUAGAUAUUUGUUUGUCACGUGGUUUUGAGAACAGCAGGAUGAUUAUGAGGGGAGUAAUUGGUCAGGAUAAAUUAUGGAGAGUACAUUGAAAGUGUGAAUGUAUCUGUCACACUGUCCUGGUCAACACAGCAAGUCUGUUGUGCCUCAAGUGAUUUGCCAGAUUAGAAACACUUCUGAAAGAAAAUAUGUGACUUCCCAGCACAUAAGAAAUCACUCAGUUUUACCCACACUUAUUACUUAAUCUAUAGGGGAACUUCAGUAGAGAAGAAAUGGCCAUUUUGUGUAAUGUCAAUAAAAAUACAUCAAAGCCUUUCAGGCAACACUUUUACAUGUGCAGGAGAUUUAUUCAUGUACGUGUGUGUACAUGAAACGCACUGACAAAGAGUCUAAAACGUCAUGUGCUUAAUUUUUUUUUUUUUUUUUUUUUUUUUUUUUUCAAAAAAAUCAGAAGGUGAGAUAUAUUUUGUAUGUGAAAUAGGCAUAUGGUGCAGCACAAUACAUGAAAACACUAAGCUGAGUUGGUGGCGGAAGGUUGGGAAACAUCAGCUGGCCACAACCUCGUCUUUCAGCCCUUCACAGUUUGACCUUGUUCAGCACCGACUCAAGAGUUCUUUCUCUCUCUUUGAGUAGAUCACAUUCCACUUUGUUGACUGUAGGGAAUCAUCUCUAGCAUUGUGUAUGUGAUUCUUCAUUGUUGGACUGCUUGCAAUUUUAUGCAAGUACAUGCUAUGAAUUUGCCACUCAUAUUCCAAGAAUAUGGAGGUAAUGAUCUUGUCUUUCUUUCUCGCAUUAGAAGUACAAUAAGACAUUAUGUUGAUGGACAUUUAUCUGGAAGGGUGUGACUUCAGUUGAGGACUAAAGACAAGAGUGGCACAACAGCCACUGCCAUAUACACCUCUGUGAGGAGUUGCUCUCAAUGGUUCAUAAGUAUGAAAACAUUGUCUCUAAUGAAAAAAUUUUUCAAGCUGACACAUGCUGUAAUGUAACAAGACAAAGAGUGAAAGUAACGCUACCCACAAGGUGGACACUGUGAUGAGGGAGUGAGUGCUGUGCUUCAUUCUACUGAUCAUGUGCAUCAUGUUACUCCACUUGAUCAAGUGUACUUUGUGUCUUCCAGUUGGCAAUGGACCUUACCUAGCGGUGUAUCAUUUAAACACAAGGCCAAUAACACAGCUACCCUGAGUAGGCCACAUGACCUUUGAGAAUACAACAGAAAAGUGGGAGGUCCUUGGCUAGUGCAGUUGUGAGGAAGUUUGACCCAUGUGGCUGUUGUGGGUACAAGAGUCAUUGGUGGUAAACUAAGUCAAUAUUUGUGCAAUGUUCUUAAUUUUGUAUAAAUUUGAUAUCAGGAAAUGUAUGGAAUGUUCUUCCUAAAAAGAAUUAUGUUUUCAUGAUCCAAGCCUUAAAUAAUAGCAUUGUCAGGUGAAGAAAAGUUACUUGUACUUCUGUGUGAAUUCCUGAUGCUUGCCAAAUUAUUGAAGAAAAUAUUAAAGAAAUCCACUGAAGUAGGUAGCUAGGAGAAAGAGAGUGUGCUAUCCCUCUCACUCAAUGCCAAAUAGUUGUUUAUGCUGUUAUGUUAUGAACAACUGAGAGGAUAGAAAUGUCUUUGAACUAGUGAGCAUCCAUCUUGUACCUAGAUAAGCAUCCAGUGGCCAAGGCCAGGUGAUGUCCUCAUCGAGCGUCCCAUCACCAUAGCAUUGUCAAAGUCUGACACAUUUAAUGCUACCAAGUGCUACAGGUAUGUGCUUGUGUGCUUUGUUUUAUUGUAAUGCUUUUUCAGUUAUGAUCACAAAAUGCAUGUUUCUGAUCAUCAAAGUGUAAUAUCAUUCUUCUCAUCACUUUUAUCUUUGCUUGCACUUACAAUAUUUACAUGACUCAUAGAUGAGAUUGUAGUCCAUUUGCUAGCUUUGAGAGAUGAAACUGACCUUCUUACAAGCAGACCUGCAGCAGAACAACUCACUGAAUUUGUCAUGUAUUUGAAGUACACAUUUAUGACCACCAUUUGGCCUAACUUCUGUGAUAUUUUUGGCAUUUAGAAAUGUAUAUGGUUCACAGUUUGGUUUCAAAUAUGGCUGUGUAUUUGUGUACAUGAGCAUCAUAAACACCAGCAUUCACGCCUGAAGUUUAGCAUGUUGUCAUUAUAUUGUUGAACACUGCUCGGAGUAGUAGUGCCAAGUGCUUAUAGUGCUAUUAAUUUUGAAACAUUGUUUAUGUUAACUGUCAUGCAGAAAAUCUUGUGAAUAAUAAUGCUUUUGCCUUUUUUACUUUCUGUGUGAUAAAUAUGUACCACAAAGAGGAAGCCACAGCAGUAGGUUUGUGUUGAUUUGCUCUAAUGUUGUCUUUUGGAAAGGAAAGCACCAUUCCUCAGUUAUAGGCAUUUUAUAUUAUUUCUAUAUUUGCUAUUUGUAUGAAGUAGAUAUGUAUUCCACUUCUAAGAUGUUCUAUUGUGUUUUUCUCCCACCUUUUGUCAGGUUGUGUAGAGUUUUGCAUAUAUCUUCUUUUUGCUUGUGCGUCUGUGAGCCAAUCCAGCACGUCAUUAAAGUUUUUCUGGUUGUCGAUGUUUCACGGCUGCAGUUCAUUAUUUCUGGCCAAAGAUUACAGCAAUCCUUGUCAUUGUUGCCUCUGUUCACAGGAUUUAUUCUGUAUGCAUGCUCUAAUUUCUGAAUACUUUAGUUGUUGCUAGAAGAGUCUGUUCCAAGCUCCAGCUUUUUGCAUAAUGUUGAGUGAAGUGUAGUGAGUAGUGAAAUUCUCAAGAAAACAGCAAGGAAAACUGUGUCCAUUUCACAGUGUUGCAAUAUGUUUAUUGUGUGCAGAGUACAAUGGCAUCAGGAUAAAGAAAGCACAUAGUAGGUAUGAAUGCUGAAGCUGUCAGAUUGUAAUGUGGUUUGUUUAUUAUUGUGUUGAAAUUGAUGUACUAAACUAAACCUUUCAUGAUCAUGAAAUAUUAGAAGAACACAUUGAAAAUAGAAACCUUAGUUUUUGCUGAGUGCAGAGGAUGAAACUUUUGUCAGACAAAUGUGAGCUAACUUCCUAUGCCUUUUGAUCAGUCUGAUAGUUAUUUUCAUUUUCUCAGCACACUUUUACUUGCAAGACAAUAUUAGUUAUUCAGUAAGCAUAUAUCUAGUCACUGAAAGUUAUGUAGGCUUACACACACACACACACACACACACACACACACACACACACACACACACACACACACACACACACACACACACACACACACACACAUUGUGUGAAAUUCAAAGAAGAAAGUGAUCUAGGUAUGUUUAUGGAAAUUGCAAAUAGAAUCUGCAUACAUUUUCUGAUGUUUAAUGUGGAAAUCAAGGUACCAGUGCACUCAUUAGAGAAUUAUUGUGCAAGGCAUUGGAAUUUAAUACAUAUACUAAUGUAGAUGAAUAUUUAUAUCUUUAUUCUUAUUUUGUGUGAAGAUCAAAUAUGAAUAUGCAGAUUCAGUAUAUGUACCAUUAUCUCAUACAGAAAACAUGAGAGGCUUGAAGCCUUAAGGGUUGAGAUUAUAUGUGUAUAUGUUUGUUGUUAAUUAUCACUUUGAAUGAUGACAGUAGCAUGUUUAUUAUAUGACUGAGUACCAGGGGCCAUGAUUACAGUAGGUGUGUAUGGAGUAAGGAUCUCUUGUUAUGUCUGUAGGGGACUAAAUUUGACCAUUUCUUUGUUGUUGUAUUGACAUAACUUGCAUUGUUGUGUUCUAAUGUGAUGUGUUAAGAUGAUUUGUGUACUACGAUUGUAUCACAACAAUUGCACAUAACAAACUCAUGCUUAUCAUUUCACACAUACAUAUAUUCAUAUACAAGUACAGUACCUGCUGUAUGCCUAACACACACACACACACACACACACACACACACAACUAGGUAAAUACACGCAUGCCAACCAACACUUAGCUAACCCAAGAAAUUACUAGUGGAUGUGUCUGAGGCUCAUCAAAAUACUACUCACUAACCGAGUCAUGUAUAUAUGAAUUGUAUAUUCCAUAGAUGUAUACUGUAUAUUUAUUUCUUGUAUAAAGGUUUCAUUUAUAGGGAAGGGCUUGAUUUUUUUGUAAGACUUUAUAAAAUAUAUAAAAUUUAAGUUA